AGCAAUGGCUCGCAAAGUAAGCAUUGGGACUGAUAUCUGGAGCAAGAAGGGACUAACAGCCUCCUUCCUCGCGGUUAGUGCCUGCUUUUUCAAUGUGCAGGACAAUAAAGCAGGACACAUCCUCUUAAACCUAAAGCAGAUGACUCAUCCACACACAGCUCUGUCUAUUGCUGCUUGUGUCGAUGAGUGUUUAGAGGAAUGGGCAAUACCAAAGGAAAAAGUUCUCACAAUCAUAACAGAUAAUGGAAGCAACAUGUUUUCUGCCUUUUGCCAAGAUGAUGAGGACACCAGUUCUGAUGACGACAAUAGCCAGGACACUGAUGACGGCGAGGAUGAGGCAGAAGAAAGAUAUGGAACCUUGGAGAGGACCCCAUGUGUUGUCCAUACACUUCAGCUCGUCGUCAAGAUGAUCAAGAAAGAACAAGCCAUCAGACACCUCCUGGACAAGGCCAGUCACCUGCUCGUCGUCAAGCUGAUCAAGAAAGAAACAACAUCAGACACCUCUGGACAAGGCCAGUCACCUGGAUCUUACUACAAGGUGGAAGAGUACAUCAUCCGCGUGUACAACCUCAAAAAAGAGGCUACUGAUGAAGAAGGGACGUGGGGCAUGCAGAGGUUGCAGAGGGAACAACCAAAAUAG